AAUAUUGAUUUCUAAUCUUGAUUGGUCCCUUCCCUCUAUACUGCGAUUGGUGGUUCUUCUGGGGUUAGUUUUUACCUGAUUGGCCAAAUGCUGUUGGAUCCUCGCCAGCGAUUGGUUAAAUCGGCGGGAAGGAUGUUAAACUACGUUUUUUCACCGAUCAGCCUGGAGAUUGAUGCCUUUGUUUGAAGGCUGUUGCUAUUGGUUUGGAUAGGAACUGAGGAGAACUACACUUGGUGUUGGUUAUCCCUAGAAUUAAAUCUACCUUUGAGAUGGGCACGGUCCGCAGCUGGAGUUCGUGACAGUCACCACUCUCAAAUACCUACGAGGAUUGAUUGAACGUCAAGGUCAUGGUGAUUUGCGGAGACCAGAACCUCUGCGAUCUGAUUGAUCAGUAAUAGGAUUCCUGCAAGUGAUUGGAGUAACAAAAAGUCAACUCGGGUCUGUGAUAGGCGGAGGCCAAGUUACUCCAGGGUGUAAUUCUCCAACCUUACCUGAGAUCCGAUUGGUAGAGAUGGAGCAGGUCCUCGUUCUGAUUGGUGGAGACUGCGCAGUUCCCCCCGCGUUCUAAUUGGUGGAAAUGGAGUAUCGCCACGCUCUGAUUGGUGGAGCCAUUGGCAAACACGCAGCGGCCCCGCGUUCCGAUUGGUGAUUUGGUCGGCAGGGCGAGGGGAAGCGGUUGUCAGGGGUCGGGACCGAGGAACAGGGAGUGUUAGAGGGAGAGGGCGAAAUGGGUUGCCUGUUUUCCCGGAAAUGUAAGGAGAAAGACCAAGAGACGAAGAAGAAAAAGAAGGAACCUGAUGCUGAGGAGGAGCCCAAGCAAUACAGCUGGGAUCAGCGGGAGAAGAUUGAUGUUAAAGACUAUAUGCUGGCUCAAUUAAAGGAUGAAACAGUGGGCCGAUUGCCUGGUAAAGUUGCGGGUGAGCAAUUUGUGAUCCAAGAAUGUGAAAACUGCAACAUUUAUGUUUUUGACCACUCUGCCACCAUCACCAUCGACGACUGUUCCAACUGCAGGUUAUUUCUGGGACCCAUCAAGGGCAGUGUCUUUUUCCGUGACUGUACAGACUGCAAAUGUGUUGUUGCUUGUCAGCAAUUCCGCACUCGUGAUUGCAAAAAAAUGGACAUCUUCUUAUGUUGUGCCACACAGCCUAUCAUCGAAUCAUCCACGGGCAUGAAAUUUGGUUGUUUCCAGUAUUAUUAUCCUGAGUUGGGCUACCAGUUCAAAGAUGCAGGUUUGAGCAUCUUCAACAACAACUGGAGCAACAUCCAUGACUUCACCCCUGUUGCAGAUGAAAACAACUGGACGUUAUUGCCUGAAGAUGCAAUACCCUGGGAUUUCGUUCCUCUUCCUGAUUUGGAAGAGUUCAAAUCAGUUCGGAUCUCCACCGAGCUGAAUAGGAGCAUUGUUCCAGUCACGCGGGGGCACAGGCAGAAGAACAGCGAUGAAUUGUGCUUGGUAGUGUUCUUUGCUGGAGAUUACACAACAGCCAAUGCAAGGAAGCUAAUUGAUGAGAUGACUGCAAAGGAUAUUGCUCUUGUUCAAACAAAAGAAAUUUCAAUGCGGCCAGAUGAUGCCAACAGAGUAUUUAAGGAGAAAGCAGCAGAUUUUAUUCCACUGCUUCAACAAGGCCCAGUUGUUGCUUUGGAAUUUAAUGGUGAUGGUGCAGUGGAGGCGUGUCAGAAUACAGUCAGUUCUGUGUUCAUUGCUUCAAAGGUCUUUGUUUCUGAAAGCAAGUCUUCAGCAUCUCAAGAUGUGGACAAUUUCUAUAACUAUGCUGAUAUGCAGAUGGGAAUGUGAAAAUGAAUAAUGGCAAUAUGUGAAUAUCUAAUCUACUAUGGUUAUGUUUCCAAAUGAGUAGAACUUUUGAGAUUGGACUAUUGGAAAUGGGCAGUAUUUUGAAGCAUGAUUUGGUUCUAGUUAAGCUUAAACAUCUUGAAUGUAACAUUGUUCCAACUGUCUUUUUGAAGUAAUGUUAGUCUAAUAUAUAACCAAAGCAUUUUCAGCAGUUUUGUACAACUUUUUAAAAAUCUUUGUUUAUUCUUUUGGUCUGUUCCACUGAAAAUAAUUUUAAAAAGCAAAGAAUCCUUUGAAAGGAAGCAACAAGUUCCUGCCGAACUUUUUAUUUGACAUUAAUCACAGAAUACUACAACCGAGAACUUGGCCAAAUUAUUGGUUUAAUGAUUCUGACCUUCAUAACGCUACCUAUUAACUCCUGCUUUUUGUUUUCUCAUUUUGGCUAUCUUUUCCAUGCAACCAAAAACCUGAGUUUCCUGCACCACUGCCAGCCCCCCCUCGCACCCCAAAAAAAAGUAUAGAUGUCAAUUGAAUGAGUCAUGUUAGUCUCUCCCUUUUUUAUAGGUCACUACAGUUUUAGCAACAGUUUGCACAUAUCUAGGGUUUUAAAAUAAAUGAAAACACUGAUAAGUGUUUUCCCCUAGGUCAGCAUGUAUGAAGUCAUCUUUGAGUCAGAAAGGAAUGAUCAGGCCAGGUGACCAAAUAUUUGAUUAAACUGGAAACCUGAGGCACUUUGAAAUGGCCCAAUUGCUGGGAAAUUUAUUAACUGGUUAAAUAAAUGUCAUUGCUUGCAGAACCAAUUAAAAGAUUCAUACAGUUUAGGAAAUGGAUUAUUUUUAAAACUAAAAUUCCCCAGUUUCCAUCAAAGUGUACUCCAUGUGAACAUGGCUUUCUCCCUGAAGUAUGUUUUAAAUAUUUUUCAUCUUUUACUGGGUUAAUAAUAUUUGUGGAACUAUCACAUUGAGACCAACUUAACAGAUUUUUUAUGGUAAUCAACAGUUAUAAUAGAUUAAAAGCCAAUUUAGGCAUUUUUUGUAUUUGAUGUAAAUCUUUUAAUGGUAUGCUAGAUUUUAAUUUCUUUUUAAUGCUGUAUGUUGCUUUGAGAACGGGGUAGUAAAUGAGAAAACGAGAUUGAUUUACUUCAGAUCUAUCUGCACAUAGGCUCUUUAACUUGCAUACAUGACAAUGGGUUGAUAAAUAUGAAGACAUUUGAGAGAUCAGAGGAUGGAGUGAGGUGAGCUUGAGGCAGAAAAUCAACUAGAAUUAUUUGUAUCACAGAACAGGCUUAAAAUGCCAAAUGGCUUAGAUCUUCUCUUUCUUGUGUUAUUAUGUAUUAAAUAUUUUUGUGAUAAAUGGUGGUUUUGGAAUUUUCUCACUGCUGGAACCUCCUGAAGGUUUUACAUGUAAUCAAUAUCGUAGCAAUUGUAUAUAAAAUUGCUUUUAGUAAACCUUUUUAAAUGUUUAUUAUCAGUAAAUGCUCAUUCUGUCAGUGUGAAAUUCUGAAAUGUUUUAGGGAUUGAUUCAAGGAAUCAAAGGUUAGAAAACAAAGAAAAAUUGUUUACAAUUUAACUGAACAAAAUUGAACAUACAAACCAGGUUUGAAUCUCAUGUUAGAGGUAGUGGAAUUGUAAUGAAGGGCUGGACAAACACAUUGUAAUUGUGGUUAUUGUUGCUUCCCCUUCACCUACUUGGAAGUAAGCGUAUGACAGAAAGGUUUCUCCCUUGUUUUGAUGCACUUGAGUUGAACUUGUUGGUCAUACUGAUGAUAAUGCGGCUGAAAUUGGCAACUUGCAGUCUCAAACUAGGUUAGCUGCCCGAAACAAUAUAUUGAGACCAAAAGAUUUGGCCUUGCUGAUUUCUUUUUAGUUAAAUUGAUAUGUGUUAAUGCUCUGGGUAAAAUAAUCCCCUGCACAUUUUUUUUUGGUGUAUUGGCAUUGCUUUGAAUACAGCAUAGAAUCUUGAAUGUGGUUACAGCACAAAAGGAGACCCUUUAAUCCAUCAUGUCUGAGCUGUGGUCUUCUGCAAUUGCAACCCACUUAACACUGCUGUCCUGCCUUUUAUUUUUUUUAAAAAAUGUAGUCCUGUCAAUAUUUUCUUUUUGAAUAAUUAGCUUUCACUUUAGAGAAUACAAUUUAAAAUAUACCUACACUACAGUCUCAGGAAGUGUCCGACCCCCUCAUUUUUUUUUAUAUAAGCCACUUCUGGGAUGUGGGCAUUGCUUUCUGGCCAGCAUUUAUUGCCCAUCCCUUGUGCCCUAGAGAAGGUAGUAGCAAGGUGUCUUUUUGAAUUUCUGCAGUCCAUGUUCUGUAUGUUGACCCAUGAUGCCCUUAGGAUUUUAACCUAGUAAUGCUGACAUAUUUCCAAGUCAGGAUUGUGAGUGGCUUGAUGGGAAACAUGCAAGUAGUGGUGUUUCCAUGUAUUUGCUGCCCUUCCUCUUCUAUAUGGGGGUGGUCAUGGAUUUGGAAGGUGAAAUAUAGGUUUUGAAAAUAAUUCAUUUCUCCCAUUCAUCCCUACUUUCGGCAGUCACAAUAGUGUUUUCUGAUUGUAUAGUCUUCUACUGGUGGGAAUAGUUUCUGUCUAUCUGUCCGGAUCCCUAUUGAUGUCUUGUUUGCUCAAUACAUUAUUCAAUAGGUCUUUCUUCAUGCUGUUUUAAACAAAACCAGUGCAUUACCAACAAUUGAGGUGUGCUAGCCACCUGAUUUUAUAACGUUGUCUUUCAUUCUGUGACUGUGAAAAUUGUGUUUUCCUGUUACUAUCUCAUAAUAGACUGGCAGCAGUCUUCAUAAUGUUAAAUAACCAUCUGUAUUGGGUCUCCCUUCAGUUUUCUGUGCUCUAGCAGUAAAACAAACAGCCACGCUAAUGGAAUGUGGGCAAAUACUUGAACAUUUUGGAAUUUUCUGGGUUUGGAUAAUGCAAGAAGGCCAAGAAUGGAAACAGGCUGUUUACCAUAACUUCGCCUGCAAUCCUUAUCUUCAGAAGCUACCUUUCCCAGUUAGUCUCCUGAAGAAUAUGUUCAAGUUUUUUUUAUCAAUCCCAAAUGUAACUGUGUUACGGAAACAAUAUAUUUAUCUUCCAUCGCUCUCUCUCCAUUAUUCAACUAUAAUACUUGUGGUUCUGGAUAAACUGAAGUCCUUUCAAUCUGCUGAGAUUUGAAUACCUCUGAUUUUACUCCAUUAUCUGACAGAAUGUGAUCAUUAAUUUGCUCCUGGAAUGCAUAGAUAACAAUAUACUAGUGUCGUUUGAAUUUGGUUCCCAACCUUCUUGAAUCAGCUAUUAGGAAAAACCAGAAUGUAGGAGGUUCAAACCCCACUAAUCCAGAGAAAUGGACAUAUUUUGUCUAAUUACUUAGACAGCUUCACCAAACAUUAUGAAAUGUACAUUUUUAUUACAUUUUUUGAGUUUUGAUUUUUCUCCAUCCUUUCCUAAACGGUCACUACAUGCAAGAAUUUAAUUCCGCAGAUUCUAACAGGUCUUAGUAACUUGCCCUUUGGUCAUUCUUCAUCUCUGAGCAGAGAUUAUUCAAUCAUCAGUGAUGAGCUAGAACCUGUCCUCUUGUAUGCAACCAUUUGUUGAGCUAAUUGGUUGGAAAUUGGGAGAGGGCUUUCUGGAAAUAUUUUCUCUAUUCUACUGAACUACGAAAUCAACAGCAAUAGUGAUUCUUCUGAAGUUGAAAUGCUUGAAAUCAGUGCUCCUUACGAAUUUAACCGAUUUGGUUUAUUCAUGUGACACUUAAAUGUCUAGUUUGCCUCCAAUGUUGCUAUUGAUUACAUAAUUAAAUUGUUUAAUAAGAAACAUUAGAUGGGCUUUCCAAUGCAAAGAAGUUUAAAAUUAAAUUUCUGUUUUGAAAAACAAUUUGAAUUGCAAAGAUGGGUUGGCUUUUGAAAAGGGAACUCGUUUCAACAUUGGCUGUGACUUCCUCAAAAAUAAAAAAUUAGAAUUAAAACCUAGCAAAGCCUUCUUAUUCAAAUGGCAGGAAAAUUCAGAUAUUCCAUGAUGAUCUAAAUUACAUGAACCUCUUUCCAUUCAGAAACAAGACAUAGUACUCUCUAGCAUAAUAAAACAAUAGUCAUAAGAGGAGACCUCUUCUGUUCAUUUGAAUCUUCUCUUUUUAAGAACCAUUUAUUUAUUUCCAUACCACCAGUCACUCUUAAUGUUGCAUGUUGGCUGUAAAAAUACAAAAUUUACAUAAAACACGCAUUCUGUAAGAGUCAUUUUGGUUUAUGGCCUAAAGAACCUACCGUUUCAAGAAUUUAAGUGGAGGCCCGAUCACGAAAACUGUAUUAAUUUUAGUUGGAACAUGUACCCUCCAGGCAGUAGAGAUAUUUUAUUGAAAAAAAAUUUUUCCAGUAUUUAGCCUACAUUUUUGUCAGCAAUUAAUUGUGUUGCUUGUAAUUAAUUUUGUAAAUGAGAUUAUAUGUAUGCUAACUAUUUUUGCUGGUAUUUGUUGUAAACUUUUUAUUAAA